CUUGCGUGAACAUCAACGUCCGAAGUCGUCAAUCUAUGUCAAGUUUUUCAACAGGAGCUUGACUUUCACAACUCAUCACACUCUCAAUUCAUUCCGCCAUUGUUCGUUUCUUUCAAGGAUUGAAGCUCUUUGUAGCUCGCUUCAUUGAGCAAUAGAAAACGUCGUGCCACAGCUUCCCUGACUUGCCGAAGGUGCUGGUAAAAGGGAACCCAGAUCACUGCAUUACUUGUCGAUAAAUCUCACCAGCAGAUAUGGCGACGGCGAUAUCCGACUUCGAAAGAGCGGUCGAAGCCUUCAAGAAAAACUCAGCCCUGAAUGAGGCUGAACUGGUUGAUUUCCAACUUACGGACCUUCAGAGUCUUCAACAGGCGAUCAAUGCAAUCCAGAAUCAGCAGGCGAAAAACAAAAAAUUAAUGUAUAUGAGAAGGCUAAAACCCUUUUUAGACACUAUGGAAGACUACGGCCAGAUCCUCAAAGCUUUCUUGAAUACUUCCAAUUACAUCGCUUUUGUUUGGGGUCCUAUGAAGUUUAUAUUGUUGGUCGCCUCCAAUAUGUCAGAAGCACUAAACUCUCUCCUCGAUGCAUAUCAACAAAUUGGAGAGCAGAUACCUCAACUUUCGCAAUACCAGGAUCUUUUUUCCUCAAGCCCACACAUGGGGACGGCAUUGUUCAUGAUCUUCCAGGACAUCCUGGAGUUUCAUCGAGAAGCCUUGGGAUUCUUCAAAAGGCGAAAGUGGGAAAGGCUUUUUCAAUCAUCGUGGAGAGGCUUCAACUCCAAGAUAAAUGGACUGAGGGACAAGAUGCAGCAGCACAGGCGUCUCAUCGAAAGCCAAGCGAGCAUUGUUGAGUUCGAAGAAAUCCAGAAGAUUCGAAAGCUCGCAGAAGUUGAAUUCCAGAACGUAAGAGAUGCCGACCUAGACCGUCGCCGCUCGAAAGUCCUGCAAUGGCUGUCACCUGCGAGCUCCGAGACUAUUCAAGAGGGUUGCGAGAAGGCCAGGUCGGAGUAUCCACGGACGGGCGAAUGGUUACUCACAGAUGAUAAAUUUAGCAAAUGGUUCCAUCCAAAUUUCUGUUCUAACCCAUUGCUUUGGCUCAGUGGAAUUCCUGGCGCGGGUAAAAGUGUGCUGGCAUCACUCGUCAUAGAAGAAGCACGGGCGCUUCCAAACACUACAGUUACCUUCUUCUACUGCAAAUACGGCGACGAGUCACGAAACAAUUUCUUGGCUGUUGCAAGAGGUAUUUUGUCUCAAGUGUUGAAUUCCGAGAAAUCCAACGAUAUCCUUCUUUAUGUGGAUGAAAAGGCUUCAAGCAGUGGUGAAACGGUGCUCAGCAGCUCAAAGCUUGCGAAAGAACUCCUCGAAACGAUCUUUCAAAGUUGCAAGAAGACCUAUAUUAUCCUCGAUGGCCUUGACGAGUGCAAUCGAGAUGAGCGCAAAGAAAUAGCUACCUGGUUCCGCCAACUUGUGGACGGUCUUCCUCGAAGAGAAAUGGACACUAUUCGUUGCCUAUUUGUCAGCCAGGAUGAUGGCUUUGCACGAAAGGAUCUUUCCAUGCUUCCAUCAAUUAAACUGACAUUGAACAGCAACAAGAGCGAUAUCGAAACGUAUGCAAAAGUGUGGCAUCAACGAAUUGAGGAGAGAUUCGGACCCCUUGAUCCAAAAAAGCUGAAUAUAGUUAAUAUUGUUAUUGUGAGGGCUCAAGGCAUGUUCCUGUUCGCAAAAUUGGUCGUGCUGAACCUCUACAACCAGACAUCGCGCAAAAAGCUCAUGGAAGAGAUGCAGGAAAGAUUUCCUCGGAAUCUAGAAGAAGCCUACGCAAGGAUAAUGGACAGAAUACUAGAACCGAGUACAGCAAUUGGACGACAGAACGAUGCAAAGCAACUUUUGGGAUGGAUUGCAUGUGCGAAACGUCCGAUGAAGUGGUACGAGAUUCAAGGUGCGGUGGCCAUUGACCUUGAAAAUCAAGCAGUGGACUACGAGGGCCGCAUGCACCGUGUGGAUCCGAAAGUCCUCUGUGCUUCUUUAGUUGAAAUACGUUCAGACAAUUCCAUAGAGCUAGUACAUACCACUGCCAGGGAAUACCUUAUCAGGAGCAAACAUAUCAAUCCCACCAAAGUCGAAUACGACUUAGCGAUUCUAAGUGUGUCGUAUCUCAGUCUACCAGAGAUAACCAAAGGCAGAGAAGACUGCGACACCGAGGAAGCACUGCUUCAAGGUUUCUUUUCAUUCUACGAAUACGCCGUCUCAUCGUGGGUCUUUCAUCUCGAAGCCGGAGUUUCAGUUCCAGCGAAAGAGCUCCUAGCUCAACUAGAAGAGGCACUCGAAGUAUUCCUAGAUCUUCAUUGGACUGAUUCGCCCGAAGUGCUCGUGGUUUCGAAGACCACUAAAGACAAAUUACAACCACUGCAUGAGUAUGGCAUCUACAGCAGGCUAGCACAAGCUGUAUUGUCUACUCGAAAACAAUUCGGGCGUCAUGGGCAAGGUCCAAGUGAUGAUGAAAUUUUGGACCUGUCCAGUCUCACUGCCAAAGUAAGGACAGUUCUCGAGAGAUUGACUCCUACUUCAACUGACCCGCAGAGACAAUUGACACUGGAGAGUUUCUACGGCCCAAAUCGAUUCAAAUGUCCGCGAGUUAACUGCCAGUACUUCUACAAAGGAUUUCCCAAAGAGGAGCCUCGUAAACAGCAUGUAGCGCGGCACGAGCGUGCUUUCUUGUGCUACUUUGAGGGGUGUCCAUCAAGCAUUUUCGGUUACUCUUUCCCCAAAGAGCUUGAAGACCAUAUGUUCAACGAUCAUGGAAUUGAUACGUCAGAUGACCUAGAUUUCCCUAAAACUGCUUUGACGCUACUGCAGAAAACACAUCCUUCAAUUUAUCAGUGUGAUAAGUGUCCCAAGAGUUUUACUCGGAAGUACAACUUAAUGGUACAUUUGAGAGUGUAUGAGGGUGAUAAGUCAUUCGUCUGUAACGAAUGUGGCCUCGCCUUCACGCGAGAGAACGACAAGAAGCGACACGAAGCACUCCACGGUGGAGAGAAGGCCUUUGUCUGCAAAGGCACUCUCGAUGGUGGCGGCGAAUGGGGAUGCGGCUUGAGCUUUCUUCGAGCUGACAAGCUGUCCUCACACCAUAAAAGCGCCAUAGGAUCGCGGUGUAUUAGACCAGUCCUGGAGGAGAGGGCCGAGGCCAAGAGAAAUCUCGAAGAGCAGGAAAGAGCCAUGCACGUGGAAAAUGCUGGAGAAAGUGACCCGACAAAUUCACUAUCAACACUUCUUCCGUCACUUCCCCCUUUCCUAGAAAGUGCUGCGAUGAUCCGAGCUCCAUCGGUACCCUACGAAGACAGAGCUCGCCGUCGUUUUCUCGAUGUCCCCACCAAUCAGGCAAUGGCCCCGCUGAUUCCCAAAGGCGGUAGCGAAGACACUCCCAAGUCCCGAGAUAACCCAUCACAAUCGAUGAGGGGAUCCGAAUCGGACGGGUCAAUAGACAAAGUCCUUAUUUCGUCGAAACAUACUUACCAACGACCAAAACAUAAGCGAGUAUUUUGCAACCUGUGUUCUCAUAACUGGGAGGGCUUUCGAGGCGAACACGAGCUUCGCAGACACGUAGAUCGUGAACACAGAUCAAUUGUUCAGAAAUGGAUUUGCGUCGAGCCGGAUGAUGGCUCACCUCAUCCGAGGCCUGUAUUGCCUCUAUCAAGAUGCAAGGCUUGCAAACAACAGAAGAAAAAAUAUACAGCUUAUUACAAUGCGGCUGCACAUCUUCGACGUGCGCACUUCAGGCCGAAGAAGCUUAAAGGUGACAAUGGUAAUGAUAUUGAGAGACGUGGUGCAGACUGGCCGCCGAUGUCAGAGCUGAAGUUUUGGAUGAAGGAAGUUGAAGAUCAAAAUGAUGAUCAGGGUUUCCGUGACAACAGCGAAGGCCUUGAUGACAAUGAUGUCCAUUUGGGGGGGCUGCAGGGUAUGGAGGCUUUCGAAGGCUCCAAUUUCUGGACUUCCUUCGAUCCUUCACUGAACCAAAUGCCGACGGAUGCUACAAUUCUCGACCCAGCAGCUUUCCCAACGCAGCCUCUCGAAUCGAUGACAGAAUUUGGAGGCGGCUUGGCAGGGAACGAAACCUUGUUUGGAGGUGCCCACUGGGAAUAUCAUUGAGCGGCUGAGCAGGUUGUCGAAGACGAAAUGUAUGCCCCUCGAUCUAGUGGCGAACACCCAGCAUAAGGGAGACGAGUCCUUUUCGACAGCAGCCGAUGUCUCAUGUGUUGGUAGACUUGUAAACCAAUUUGGACAAGGUCGGGUUUAUGAUGAGAGAUGCAGGGUUUCAGCUCUCGAAAUUCGAGACAUGACAAGAAAGUUGGCCGGGUUUUCCCACCGCCCCUUUUUUUAUUGUGGUAAAUUGGUGGAAGAUGAGUUGUCAGUAAAGAAGUACUGGGGCGUCAGAAAUUAUGAGAUAGCGGAGUUCAUUUUCGAGCCAUAUUCAAGGUUGGAUUUGGAAUGAAGUUGCGUGAUUC